CCCGCGCGGCGCGGCGUCAGCCCAACUAGCUAGCUCGCUGGCUGGCAGAGUGUCGGAGCUGUUGCUGGCCGCUUUCACUGAGCCGUGAGAGCUCCGCCUCUGGUGAAAUCUUCCAUCUAGCUAGCAGUCUCACUCGCAAGUGCCUUCGAAGGAAGACCAGCUUUCCGAGCAGCUCUUCAAGCCGUCGCCUCGAUUCGGAUGGGCCUGGGCCGCGCUGGGCCCCGCCCGCUGGGCCCGCACUGAACCAGAUAUAACCUGCACCCCAGGAAAGUGACUGGAGGGAAAAAAGUGCCAUGAAGGGGUGGUUCGACGCGUUCCGCACUGAUGGCGGGCCAACCCUAUACAGCCAUUCAAACCGGACGGCGGUCACGGGCGACACCGACCUCAUCACCGUGUUCGUCGUCUUUGGCACCCUCUUUAUUGCGUUCCUCAUCAUAUACCCGGGCGUUCGAAAAGAGCGCGUCUCAACCUUCAUGAGCGUCACGCUCAGCCUCUUCGUCGGAUCCUCCAUUCUCGCAACCCAGUGCGGUUCAGGAUGGCACGUGGCGUGCUCCCCUAUCAUCAGCGCAUACCAGGCGUUCUCACGCGAAAAGAUCUCAGGCUCGCUGGGCGCCUACAUCGGACUGAACCACAUCAACGUGACCCUGACGGCGCCGCCAAUCAAUGGUUCCGAUGUUAACUUUAACGAACGCCUGUCCUGGUCGGCUCCCAACGAACUGCAGGAACGCUACCGCGCCGCCCUCUACAGAGGCCUUCCUUUCCCCAUGCUCACCGUCGCCGAAGUCCUGCAGCUCGACCAGGAGGGCUUCGCCUGGGGAAGAAACUACCGUGCAGCGGGCUACUACACAUGUGCGAUGUUGUGGGCCGCCUUCACGUCAUGGCUGUUGAUGAACAUCCUCCUGAUGGUGGUGCCUCGGUACGGCGCGUACACGAUGGUAAUGACAGGACUGCUAGUGCUUGGCGCUGAUCUGACGUACCUAUGGCUGCUGCCUGAGGCGCCGCUGCAGGUGCGGUUUGAGGUCGGCAUCCUCAAGUUUGAACUGGGAUGGUGCUUCUGGCUCAAUCUUAUAGCAGGAGGAGUAUGUUCGGCGAUUGGUCUGGCCAUCGCCUGCUUGGAUCUCGUGUUCCCGCACCAUUUCUCCACUAUCCUCGAGGUCGACUACGACACGCCGUACGACAGGCACGUCAUCAUCGAGGACAGUAGGUACAGAGGACGCAAGAAGAAAAGCGGCUCCAUGUCGAGCAACAAGUCUGGCUCGCUCGAAGAGCCCCGUUCACCCUGGAGCACCAGGAUCCUCAGGAGACUGAGCAGCAAGCAGAAGCUGGAAGGCAUCCGCAACGGCGGCUUCGAGAUGAACGCGCCCAAGUCUCCGUGGAACUACCCGCACCUGAUGCGGCACCACGAGGCGAUGCCACCGCCGCAGCACCGCGGCCUGACGCGCGUCUACCCUGGCAAACUGACGGCGGCCGACGUGGCCCGGCAACGGCUCGAGGACUGCCGUCUGCCGGCCUUCAAACGACAGGACAGCCAGGACAGCAUGGCCAGCUCGACGGCCUCCUCGCUCGGCCUGGCCGUGCUGCUUAGGUCGGGCUCGUACUCGACGCGGCCGCCGCCUGCCAGGGCCACGUCGCAGCACUGACCCGACCUACCCAUUCCUCCUCUUAUUUAUUAAUCGCGUCACUGAUUUGUGAAUUUUUUGUGAUCGACUCGAGCCGUCAUUCGGCGCUCUAUUCGCUUUAGUCAUGUAAAUGCCAAACGAGUGAGUUGUAUAUGUAUAUUAAUGUAUUUUGUGGAAUAAUUAUGUACGAAUUUGGCGAGUGAUGUCGUUUAACGUGGGAGAUUGUGAUGAGAGUGAUUUUUAACAACUGUACAUUUGUAUAGCUCGCAGUUGCUUGUAUGGCGACAAUAAAUAUUGACGAUUCGAGCGAAUACAUAA